AUGACCACUAGAGCUAUUUUCUCUUUCUGCCCUUCAGUGACAAGUGGCCUUUUCAACAAAUUAAAUGACAUCUUUUUGACACUGGGACCAAAAGCCACAGGCGCUUGGAAAGGUCUGGCUGAGUUAAAGGAAAAAUGGAAUACGCUUUCGUUCGGAGACAGAGCGGUUAUGACGCAGACCCUUCAAUCCGCUGCCUCAAACAUUGACAAGUUUGCUAAAGCAGGAGAUGAUCCCAUUGGUGCAAUACAGGGAGCGCUCAAUAUGGUCGGACAAUUUGAAACACUUGCCGGUCCCACCGGCCAAAAUGUUGCCGUAGGUCCACGCUUCGUCUCUGGGUUACUGAGUCUUUUUGGAGUAGGAGGAAAGAAAAAGAAGUCUAUCGGACAAAUCGCACAAGAAGAAAUAGACCAGGCGUUGGCUCAAUUUCCCGAGCCGAAUCUCUUUAUUAAGACUAGUGAACAUGGUGGACUUGGUAAACAGUUCGACGUUCUUAAGGCAUAUGUGGAUAGGGUUGCUCAGUCAGGAGAUAAUCUUACCGUUACCCAAGCAGAGUCUUUUGAGAGGAAAGCGCCACUGUAUAUUGGCGUUGCAUUGAUGGGAGCAUUGACAAGUGAGAUAGAACGUCUUCUUAAGGCCAACAAUGAAGACGAGGCCAAGAAGACAUUGAGAUACAUCGAGCUGUAUGCAAGAAUGGCAGUUCUAGAGGCCGUGAUUUUGCAGGAGUUGACUUUUUUGUUGCCAAACCAGCUUGAACAAGAGCUUGUCCAAGUCAUCUCUAGGGAGCAAAGUCAGCAGAAGAAGCUCCUUAAAUUUCUUCGUGCUGGUCGUGUCGAUAAGAUAGCUUUGAGUUACUUCGAUCCCGACGUGUACCCAAUUACAGAUGCCUAUAUGACCGCUGUGUUGAAAGUACCAGAUUACGAUCGCUCCUUGGAAGGAAAGUGGUGUCUAACGCCAGUAAUUGGUCGUGCGCCUAAGGUAGCAAUCACAUGGAAAGCAGUCUAUCCCAAGUUAAUGGAGCACGGCCACCCCUACAUCACUCUGGCUGAAUCUAACGAACAAGCCUGCUUUUGGAAACUCAUCCCCCAUGGUAACUCCCUCUAUACAGUUGUCAACACCUACGGCGGUCCCAAGCACGAGUUCUAUGGUCAGUACCUGUCGUUUGACAUAUUACAUGGCUAUGACAGCAGGAUGGCCGUCAAGAGCAAAGCAGUUCUUUGGGAAAUCGUCGGCGACAGGCAAAAAAGGUAUGCUGAGGUAGAAUUGAAGUCCCUGGACUCUUUUAUAAAUUAUAUGCCAUGAGAACAGCAACGCUGAAUCAUUGUGUCUCUUCUUUGAUUCAUUUCCAGUCAGAGCUUAAACCAAGUUAAUCUUAGGUCAGCAGUUCAACAUUUAAAUCUAAAUUUAAAUUCUCAUGUAGAUAACACUUGUUCCAAUGCUUUUCAUUACUUGUAUAAUAUAAGAAGAAUUAGGAAAUAUCUUUGUAGGCCGUCCACUGAGACGCUCAUUCACGCACUUUGUCUCAAGUUGUGUCGACUAUUGUAACAACCUGCCCUAUGGCCUGCCAGCCUACCAGCUUAAUAAGCACAGGGUCCAAAUGCUGCCGCUAGGUUAAUUUUCCAGGAAUCUAAAUACUGCCAUGUAAGACCGUUGCUGUAUAAUCUGCACUGGCUGCCGGUUAAAUUCCGAACUGACUUUAAGAUAUUAUUGUUAACGUAUAAGGCUAUCAAUGGCUUAGCGCCUUUUUAUCUCCAGAAACUUUGACAACGUUAGGAGAUCGAUCUUUUGCUGCUGCUGCUCCACAACUAUGGAAUUCAUUGCCCUACGCGAUUAUGGGUAGCCCAUCAGUAGCAUCUUUUAAAAAUACACUCAAGAUAUUUUCAGAAAGCUUUUUUGUGAUUUUAUGUGCUUUUUUAUCUCGUUUUUAGUUUUUAUGCAGUUUUUUUACGAUUUAAGUAGUUUAGGUAAUUUUUAUAGUUUUAGUGUUGACAUAAUUGUUUUAACUCUUGUUGGUAGGUUCAUGCACUUAAUGCAUGUAUACUUUAUGCAGUCCUAGUAAUUUUUUUUGAAAUAUUUUUAUUUUUUAGCGCUGAUGAAAAUGGCAAUAUUGAUAUCGGCGCUAUAUAAGUAUUAUUAUUAUUAUUAUUAUUAUUAUUAUUAUUAUUAAAUUGACUGGGGUUCUGAAGCGUCAAUUUCAAAGCGAAAAUAGCAAAAAAUGCGUAAUUCAUUCCCUCCUCAUUAAAAAAGGUAAACCCCCAGCAUACAACCAUCGAGUUAUGGGUGCAAUAGGGAGGUUGUCAAGCACGAACGAAGAUGUGUUAAAAUUGCUCGAGAGUACGUGUACGUAGCCGACAGCAACUCAAGCCUCUCAGUUGGGUCCGUACCUAACCUCCUAAGUGAAUCCACAACUCGAUGAUUCUCGGCGUAUCUAAUCGAACGGUUCGGUAAUCGAACAUAAUCGAACUCACAAUAAAAUUUGGCCAAUCGGACAAAACCAAACGUUUGAUUACCAAACUCUUGUUUGUUUGAUUUUUAUGUUUAAAUAUUAACACUGAUAAAAAGCCUUCCCCAGAAGUUUUUCAAGUUUGGAGGCUCCGAAACGCUAUUUUCAGCAUUUGUCAUGAGAUAUGUCCACGAAAAAUCGACCUCGAAUAUGAAAAUGGCAAACAAUUUGAAGUCACUAUAAUCAAAAUAGAAAAUAACUGAGUCUAAAGAAAACAAAUCCAUCCAAAAAGUUAAUGUGCCUGGCUCAACAGGUCGGGGAGGCGGAGGGGGCAGCUGCCCCCCUUGCCCCUUCCACUAGCUACGGCUCUGGGCGACAGCGUUUUGGUUGAACAUAAUUACUCCAGUGUGAUUUACUUAUCAAGAAAUGGAUUUCGAACAAAUCGAAUCGGAUUGAGUUCGAUUGUGUUCGAUUUCGUUCGAUUGGUUCCUCGAUAAUCGAACUUACAGCAAAAUAGAUGUUCGAUUAUGUUCGAUUACCGAACCCAAUCGAACGAUUGGUGUUCGAUUGGGUUCGAUUGAAUUUUGCUUCGAUUCUGUUCGAUCAGAUACGCCGAGAUGAUGACACAGCUGCGGCGUUUACCAUAUUUUUUAUAAAUUGACAUAAUCAAGGAAGAAAAACAUUUUGGAGUACUUAUGUGUGACAGAGGAACGGACGAAUGCCAUGUGCGACGAGCGAUAUUGAAUAAAAAAAAUUCUUAUGCAAAUAAAGAUUUACUUGUAUAUGUUGCAGUUCAUUUUUGAUUUUCCCUCCCUUAUUACAACUUCAUUAAUAGCAUACAUUACCAUCAGGCCAAAAACACUAACAAAAGCGAAAAUUACCUAAGAUAAAAAAUUAACCGCACUGUACACUUAAAUCGUCAUUUGAUAAGAAUUUGUUUGUGCAUUUGGUCUCAAUAAGUGACUUAAAGGGGGACAAAGCAAUAUUUGCGUAUUACGAGAUACCAGAGUUGGCAAUAACGCAACUGGGUGACAGUUGUAUACAGCUAUUCCAAAAAACGUUGUCUGAAGAAACUGAGCAAAAGUUUAAGCCAAGACCGAAAGGUAAUAUGGGAUUUUUAGCGUGACCUGCUACAGUUCCUAUAGGAGUUUUGCGGCCAUUCAAGUAUAUCCCUGAGAACAGUAUGGAACGUCUUUCUGUAAGUGAGAGUAUUUCUAAACGUUGGGCAACUCUUAAAACAGAGGUGGUUAGCGAGCCUUCAAACAGUGGGGAGCUUAAGCAAAUAAAAUGGCGACAAAAUUAAGAGACCGUGAACAACAACUAAAUUUGCACGUGCAGCACGCUUUUUUGUCCGUGGCCGUUGUUGCCCGACUACGGCUUGAAAUGUCUCAUGUUUUAUAGGGGAAGUGAACAGCAGAUCAUAAUUUUCUUUUCUUUUCUUAACUAGAAAACUAGUCCUAUAGAAUUCAUUUCCAGAGGAAUCGCCAUCAUUUAAAAAAUUGAACGAGGUGGAAUAAAGGCGAUGUGGUUGUCCAUGCAUUCUCACAUGCUGGUGUAGUGCAAAAUAUUACCUGCAGUAGACUUUGGCUAGCUUUAAUUAAUGCUUGAGUAGGAACUAUUAUUCGGAAAAAGGUUUGUUUAUAACAUUUUUUUCGCCCACUUCAUUACUACGUUAUGCAAAUUGAUAAAAUGUAGAAUUUAAUGUCAUUUUUCCUUGCUAAUUAGCUGAACAAAAUUGCUUUCAAAGAUGGGAAUAAGCAAGACUGCACUUCGACUGAAACGUAAUUUUACCUUAUGCUUUUUUAACAACUAAAAUAAUAAGUAUGGUUCAGUAUAAAUGACGAAUAAAAAUCAGUGACCAGUUUAGUGGAGUGAUUGUUUACCAGCAAAAGACGGAUUUGAAACAACCCACAUUACCUUGCGGUCUUGGCUUGAAGACUUUUUGCUUUUCUCCCGACAACGUUUUUUGAAAUAGCUGUAUCAGUGUCUGUAACGGGCCUAUAACCCAUAGCGAGCAACUUCCAUGCGCUCGUGUCACGGCGUUUUAAUGGGCUGCUCAGUCAAUUUUUAGCACGGUUUUGGGCACGCGAAUUUUGAAUAUCUUUAAUUUAAAUUCUAAAAAGUAGUUAACUGAAACCUACUGAGACCUAAAAAACAAUAUUUUUUGCCUUUUAAUAACGUUUAGUUUUUCUUUUUGAUAUCUUAUGCUUCGAAUUCGCUCAUACUGUAUGAUAUGAUAGAGAAUCUAUUUUCGUGAGAAAAUGUGCAUGCCUUAAAAUGUUUCCAAAAAUAGACUGGUCCGUAAAAACGCCGUGACAUAGGUUUAGUACUGGGAGUUGCUCGCUCCGGGUUAUGGGCUCUUAUGUCUAUUUAAAGCCCUUUACUGUUGGACUUUUUUCUAAAGAAUCAGAUAAUGUCUUUAAUAGGAUCACCAGUGAAUGGCAAUGUCCCUGGAACGAAAGGUGGUGUUACACCCAGCCAUUAAUUCAGUACGAGUUCCCAGGGAGAGAGAACAAGGGGUACGACGUAAUCACAUUUGGUCUUUCUAAAAUAAACGUUGGCUAUAUUUGGUGGAUCACUAAGGUACGUGUAAACACGGUCUGAGUCUUAACAAAAUAAUUAAAUAAAUAAAUAACCAAACCUGCUUCAGCCCGGUGCAGUUAGGAUAAGAACACGAGGUGGAAUAUAGAGCUUUUUCAACUGACGUCACGUCGGCCUUCAGAGCGGGAGGUCGCGGGUUCUAUUCCCGUGGCCGGACCAAUACUCAGGGUCUUAAAAUAACUGAGAAAUGAAGGUACUCCCUUUGCACUGCAAGCCAAUAGACUUUCGCGUGGCACGGAUGACCACGUUAAAUGGCGGUCCCAUCUCCAGCUGGAGACGUAAAAAUAGAGUCCCCAGUCAGUACUUUCCUGCUAAAUACAUUGACACUCAAAUAAAGUGCAUUGUUUAAAGAAUGAACUGACUUUCAAUUUCGACGAAUUUACCAUACCCAUAAGUCAAAGAAAGCUUGGAUAAUGUGACAUUAUUAUAAUUUUACUGAUUAUUUAUUCCUAGUACCCCUUCUCGAACUAG